AUGGAGACAUCCAUAAUGUUAAAGAAUGCUAGCUUCAUUCUUACAACUCUCUGUAUUUUAUGGAUACCUGCAUUGGCCUCAGAAAUCCAUCAUCAGCCAAAAUAUAACUCCAAUGCCAUGAGGAGGAGGUAUAAUAAAUGGAUGGCAAAACAUGGCAUAAAAUACAAGAGCAGAGAAGAAUAUUUAUUGCGGUUUGGAAUAUACAUGUCCAAUGUUCAGUUCAUCGACUACUUUAAUUCUCGGAACUUAUCAUAUAAGCUCACUGAUAACCAAUUCGCAGACAUGGGCAAUGAUGAGUUUAAAUCUAUCUACUUAGGUUAUACUACUGAUGGAAGAAAGAAGCCCAAUCUCAAGUACCUUAAUUACACAGAUUUGCCAACUGCAGUAGAUUGGAGAAAGAAAGGAGCUGUAACCCCAAUUAAGGAUCAAGGCAAAUGUGGAAGUUGUUGGGCAUUCUCUGCAGUGGCAGCUAUAGAAGGCAUUAACAAAAUUAAGACAGGAAAACUAGUAUCUCUAUCAGAACAAGAACUUGUAGACUGUGAUGUUGACAAGGAUAACCAGGGCUGUAGUGGUGGAUACAUGGAAAAAGCAUUUGCAUUCGUCAACAAGAUUGGGGGACUCACCACUGAAAAUAAUUAUCCUUACAAUGGGAAAGAUAACCCCUGUGAAAAAGAAAAAAUCAAAGAUUAUGCAGUGACAAUUAGUGGCUACAAAACAGUACCUGCCAAUAGUGAGAAAAGCCUACAAGCUGCAGUUGGCAAUCAACCUGUAUCUGUUGCAAUUGAUGCAGCUGGUUAUGAAUUUCAACUUUACUCCGGAGGUAUCUUCAGCGGCUUCUGUGGUGUCAUACUCAACCAUGGAGUCACAGCAGUUGGCUAUGGCGAAAUUGGUGAUGAAAAAUACUGGCUUGUGAAAAAUUCAUGGGGCAAAGACUGGGGUGAGGAUGGCUACAUAAGGAUGAAGCGUGAUUCUGGUAAUGAGAAAGGUAUCUGUGGCAUUGCCAUGGAAGCUAGCUACCCCAUCAAGAAUUGA